GCUAUCCAGCGCCGACAGCUACGGAAGCUGCCCUCACACAGACACGCUACCUAACAACUGCUUCUGUGAUUGGUAGCGACUGAGCAAUCCCAGCUCUGAUUGGGUUGAUGUAAUUCAAAACAUCAACAUUCGUCACCACGGGGGGAAAAAAGCAUGGCGGCCCCCAAGAUGAGCGUGGGUAAACCCACCGCGGACCGUUUACCGUGCAAUACCACCAGUUUUCAGAAGAAAUCACGAAGCAAACUAGUUUCAAUACCUGGCACAAGACCUUCGAUUCAAAACGGGCAACUUAUUGUUUCGACUGGUGUCACAUCUCUCGACUACGUGAUUGGUGGUGGUUUAGCAGUUGGAACCCUUCUACUCAUAGAGGAGGACCGAUAUGACAGCUACUCUCGUAUGCUGCUCAAGUACUUCCUGGCAGAGGGGGUGGUGUGUGGACAUGAACUCUACGUGGCGUCUGCUCUGGACCACCCCAAUGACAUCCUACAGGAACUCCCCGCCCCCAUCCUGGAUGACAUCGCCAGCCCCAAAACAGAGGACCAGGCAAAGUCAUGUGACCCUGAGAGUCAGGACGCCAUGAAGAUCGCCUGGCGCUACCAGAACCUGCCAAAAGUACAGACGGCCCUGGCGUCCUCGUCGAGGUUCGGACACUACUACGACGUCUCCAAGACAAUGGACCCUGAGAUCUGCCAGGCAGCCAGGUGCCACGGCUUCUACCUUCCAGAACACUCCACCACUGUGACAUCACCCACCGCUACCACCCCCGGCCAGAGCCCUAUGCCAGAGACCUACUCCUCUCUGCUGAACAAUCUCCAGGAGGUCAUCCACAGGGAAGGCUUUGAUGGAUCCGUCCCCCAGUCACUCACUCACUCACUCACUCUUACACAGACCAAGUCACGGAACAUCCUACGGAUCGGGUUGCACUCCCUCGGCUCCGCCCUGUGGGAUGACGACCUGUGUUGCCGUGAAAACCCAAGCCACGGCCACGCCCUCACCACCUUCCUUUACGGCCUCCGGGCCAUGCUGAGGUCAUCGCUCUCUGUCGCCGUGGUUACCGUGCCCUCACACCUCAUCCAGAACAGAGCUCUGAUGGGCAAUAUAACCAGGUUGUGUGACACGGCCAUCGCUCUAGAGUCCUUCAGAGGCUCAGAGAGAGAGACCAACCCCCUGUACAAAGAUUACCACGGUCUGCUAGAUGUACGUCAGCUGCCCUAUCUGAACUGCCUGGUGUGUGAUCUGCCCGACAACAAGGACCUGGCCUUCAAACUCAAGAGGAAGCAGUUCACCAUUGAGGUAGGCCUCUGCCACCACAACAACCCGUUCGAGUGUGUGGUUACGUAAUCUAGCAAACAAACA